AUGGCCUCUGAGCAUACGGUCACGCAGGCCCUCUUGGAAUGGAUCAAUAGUUUCGCCUUGGGAAAAACCAUUAGGACUACGGAUGAAUUGACUGACGGUUCCAUUAUCUGGGAAGUCUUGCAGGACAUCGACCCUCAGUACUUCCUUGAUGAACUCCCUGAGCGCAACCCGCCCGAUCACUGGCUGUCCAAAUUACAGAACUUGAAGCAUGUCCACAAGCUCGUGGUUAACUACAUUCGCCAGCAGCCGGACGGCUGCCCCUCCGGUCUCGAUCUCGCGCCCAACCUGGAAGUGGUCGCCGAAAAAAGCUCCCUGAAGGACACCAACAAGCUCCUGAAACUCAUCCUCAUCGCGGCCAUUCGCUCGCCCAAUGCGACGACCUACGUGGAGACUCUUCAAAGUUUGAGUACCCCUGCCCAAGAGACCCUGAAGAAUAUCUUUGAAGAGGCGGAGAACGGACAACAUGAACCCGAUGACACUGCGGACGAAACAAAGGAGGAAUCCACCAAGCGCGAGCAUCCCGUCGAUUUGGAGCUACAGUUCGAAGAACGAGUGGGAAAGGUGCUGGCAGAGAAUGAUCGCCUGACCCAUGAGAAGAAGGAACUGGAGAAAGCGUUAGAAGACCUGCACAACCGUCUAGCUCGGCUUCAGGAGAACAAUGACACCCUUCAAACUCGCCUCGCAUCCACCGAGGACCGGCUUGGGAACCUGAAAUCGGGCAAGGGUGAUUUAGGGUUCAACGCGAAAGCUCUCGAAAGCAGAGCUCGCCAACAGGAGGACAUUAUCGCUUCGCAAGAGACCCGGCUGUCGGCCGCCCAGGACGAGAACGACAGUCUUCGGAUGACCGUGGAGUCUUUGCGCGUCAAGAAUGAACGGUUCCAGAGGCUGCAAGACGAUUAUGAUGUGCUCAAAACGGAGCGGGACCAACUGGCUCGGAAAGCCAAUGCGGCUGAGAAAUAUCGUUCAAAACUGCAGGCCAGCCAGGAUUUUGAGAAGGAAAAUCAGGCCCUGAAGGUUCAAAUUAAGGACCUACAGCAGCAAUUAAAGGACUCCGAUGCGCAGCAAAGGUGGACUUCGGAGCGCGAAGUUGAGCUUGAAGAGUAUCGCAGAGUUCUGCCGCGCAUCGAACAGGAGUGCGGCGACGUGCAGAGCAUGAAAAAACAACUCGAGUUCAACAACCAUGCCCUCAAAGAACGUCUUGAUAGUGCCGAAGAACAACGCGAGAGAGACGAUUCACUGAUUAGCGAGUUGCGAGAACGAAUCCGAGAGCUCGAAGGUCCCCCUGGGAGCCCAUCUCUCACACCAGGCAUUGAGACGCCAAAACUGCAGGGGACCUUGCAGAAAGAUUUCGAUGAUAUCGGUGUUAAGGAGUCUCAAUUAAAAUCCGAGAACGAGGAACUGAAGAAAGAGGUCGAGACGCUGCGGGGAUCGUCAGCUCCUAUCGGUUCCCAGGCUGAGGGCUUCUCCGAGGCUUUCAACGAGACGCUUCAACGUGCUCGUGAAAACUCCACUCAAGGGGAUGAAUAUUGGAAACUCUACGAUCAGUUCACUUCAACCCUCAAAAAGCUGGCGGCGUCCCAGGAUGCUCUCGAUGCCUCCAGACGGGCACUUAAUGAUGCGCAAGCUACGGCUGAAUUUACCGGCCAAGAGAAGGAAGAUAUGAUAAAUAGCCUACGAGAGAAAGACUCAGCGGAGUUGGCCCAAAUGCGAAAUGACUGGGACGAAACAAGCCAGAAGGUUCACUCCCUCCAGGCGGAGAUUGAUUCGAGUCUGACAUUGGUGAACCAAACUUGCACCGAACGCGAUGAAUUACGAGCAGUGCUCGACGACCGGCAAGCCAUGAUCGCUGAGAGUCGCGUGGAAGACCAUGAGACCAUGGAAGAAAUGAAAGCGCUGUUGGCAGAAAUCGCAGGGCAAGAUAGCGGCGAUGCCUCAGAGGCCUCUCAAAAGUCGGGCGUGGAGCUCACGAAGCAGGUAGUAGAGUUGAUUGAGAAGAACCUGGAAAGGCUAGCCAAGCGCGCAGAGUAUAUCCACAAUCAAAACGAACACAUUAAAUUCCUUCAAGAACGGCUCAAACAUUUCGAGGAAGACAGCGAUAAUGGAAUUAGCAGAGAGCGCGAGCUCGAACUCCAGAAGAUCAUCGACGCACAAGCUCGGGAGCUCACUCUGAUGAGCUCUUCCUGGUACGAGAUCCAAAGCCGACUACAGAGCAAUGGUACUAUCUCCAGAUAUCGACAUGGUUCUAGUCUGGCCGACGCACAGAAAGGCUGGCUGGCAAGACAACGAAGUGUGGUAGCGGGUCGAUAA